AAGUAGCAACAAGAAAAACACAAAGUAACAAAACAAUUACGGACCAGAGAAUUGGGAGGUAUGAAGUUCACCGACUCACCAGUGAUAGAGCUCCCGGUUCGAACCGCCGUCCUUUCCCUCCAACAGGACAACGGCUCCCUCCACGUCGGCACCUCCGUCUGGCCGUGUUCCCUGGUCCUCGUCAAAUUCGCCGAGCGCUGGGCCCCACCCAGCCGCGAUGCCCAAAACCCCUACGCCAACCUCCUCGACUUCCACGGCAAGCGAGCCGUGGAGCUCGGCGCCGGCUGCGGAGCCGCCGGCAUGGGUCUCUAUCUGCUCGGCUUGACCGACAUCGUCCUCACCGAUAUUCCCGCGGUCAUGCCGGCACUGAAGCACAACCUCAAGCGCAACAAGCCCGUCCUGGGGAAGACGGUCAAGCACGCCAUCGUGCACUGGAACAAGGCGGCGGAUCAGGCCAAGUCUCUGAGCCCUCCAUACGACGUCGUCGUGGCGACGGACGUCGUUUACAUAGAGGAGACUGUGGGCCCGCUCGUGUCCACCAUGGAGGCGCUGGUGAAAGAAACAGAGGAUCUGACUUACAGACAAAAAAUAUGGCAAUCUGUGAAAUGCAGAGAGCCAAAACCAUUAGCACCAACCUAAUGCUUCUUCUAGAUCAGUUUUUACUAAUUAAUAACCUACGUGUAUAAUCAUGAUUUUCAUCAACGUAGCAUUCGAGAUUAUCACAAGCCACGCUUUUUUCUUAGCCGAGCGAAAUUGAUGGAGGAGAAUUUGUUGCCGAAGAAUCAGUGAUCUCUGAGCAAUUGGUGGUAUAAUCAGGGCCAGAGUCAUCAACUUGCCCUCUUUCAGAACCAAUACUAGAAGACGAACCUGAAACUGAUAUUG